AUGUCAAAUCCAGACAAAGCUGCCAUCGCAGCACAAAAGGAGGCUCUGAACUUGAAGUUACCUCGCAUUGUGCGUCCCCCAGAAAACAUAGGUGUUGGAACACCAGUACAAAGUAAAUUGCUAACCUACAGAAGAUCCAAGGAGCAGCAGAAGAAAAUUAAUCAGUUAGUAAUUGAUGGAGCCAAAAGAAAUUUAGAUAGAACAUUGGACAAAAGAAUACCUCCGUUACCAGAGGUCAAUUAUCCUCCAACUAUGACCAGUGAAAUUAAAAAAAAAGGAUUCAACUACCUUUAUAUGAAGCAAUGUGUAGAAAGUAGUCCAAUAGUACCUAUUCAGCAGGAAUGGGUGGAUCACAUGUUAAUGCUGAUACCUGAGUCUUUAAAAAUAGGGAAAGAAAGAGAAGAACUCAUUGAUAGUCUCAUAAAAGAAGUGUCAAAUGACUUUGAAAACAGUAUGAAGAGAUAUUUGGUGCAGAGUGUUCUUGUGAAACCACCAGUUAAAUGGCUUCCAGAUGAAGGAGGACCUUUACCUGAAUCCCCUGUAGGCCAAGAUUUUUCUAAUCCCUGGCAUUCUAGCUAUGUGCAGGCAAGAAAUCAAAUAUUAUCUAAUUUGUACAUUGUUCAUUCAACUAUGCAAACGUUACUGGACCUUGGUUAUACAACAUUUUCUAAUAUAGUUUUACUGGACUUAAAAGGAAUUAGAGCUAAAGGCCCAAUUGAUUGUGAAUCACUGAAAACUGAUCUAUCAAUACAAGCUAGAAAGGCAGAAGAGAAGAUAAUGAAUACAUGGUAUCCAAAGGUUAUAAAUCUCUUUACUAAGAAGGAGGCCUUAGAAGGCAUAAAACCUGAAAAAUUGGAUGCAUUUUAUAACUGUGUUUCCACACUUAUGUCAAAUCAGCUAAAGGAUCUCUUAAGGAGAACUGUAGAAGGAUUUGUAAAACUCUUUGAUCCACAAGAUCAACAGAGGCUGCCAAUAUUUAAGAUGGAAUUGACAUUUGAUGAUGAUAAAAUGGAAUUUUAUCCUACCAUACAAGAUUUGGAAGAUGUUGUUUCGAGUGUGGUAGAGCGAAUAGCUGAAGCUCUGCAGACUGUCCAAACAGUACCCUCUUGGCUGUCAGGAACUUCAACUCCUGUGAAUCUUGACACAGAACUUCCUGAACAUGUGUUACAGUGGGCUCUCAGUACUCUGAAAGCGGCAGUACAACAGAAUUUAGAAGGUGCAAGAAAACAUUAUGAGACAUACGUCGAAAAAUAUAAUUGGCUUCUUGAUGGGACUGCGGUUGAGAUGAUAGAGACUUUUCAAGCAGAAGAUCAUACUUUUGAUGAGUACACAGAGUUUAUAGAAAAAUUUUUCAAUCUUGCCUCAGAAAUAAUGCUUUUGCCUCAGUGGGUUCAUUACCCUAUGGUGCGUUUGGAUUGUGAAGAUUUGAAGACAGGCCUGACAAAUAAAGCAAAAGCCUUUGCAAACAUAUUAUUAAAUGACAUAGCUUCAAAAUAUAGAAAAGAAAAUGAAUUCAUUUGCAGUGAAUUUGAGGCAAUUAAAGAGCGUGCUCUAAAAAUCCCUGAGACAACAGAAGAAAUGAUGGAUAUGAUCUCUUAUAUAGAAAGAGCCCGAACUGUAGGAAUUGUAGAGUUGAGUUCAAGGAUCCAGGAAUCCAAACGUCAAAUGAGUUAUUUUUUAGAUGCUUUUCUAUUUCCUCAAGAAGACUUAGCUUUAAAUGCAUCUGUCCUCACGUGGCCUACGAAAAUUAAUCCAAUCUUUGAUGAAAAUGAGGAGCUCAUUGAGAAUGCUAAACAAAGAAAAGAAAAUGAACUAAUAGCCAAGAGAGAGAAACUGAUUUUGGAACUAGAAAAGGAGUCACGCCGCAUGGAAGAAUUUGCAGAAUUUGCAGAGCUGGACAGGAUGCAACAGUAUGUGACAGAUGUAAGACAACUACAAAAACGUAUUCAAGAAUCUGAAGAAGCAGUUCAGUUCAUUAAUAAGGAAGAGGAACUUUUCAAAUGGGAAUUGACAAAAUAUCCUGAACUGGAUAAAUUGAAAGUUAACAUUGAGCCCUAUCAGAAGUUUUUUAAUUUUGUUUUGAAGUGGCAACGAUCAGAAAAACGGUGGAUGGAUGGAGGAUUUUUGGACCUCAAUGGGGAAAGCAUGGAAGCUGAUGUAGAAGAGUUUUCUCGAGAAAUUUUUAAGACACUGAAAUUUUUCCAAACAAAGCAAAAGAAAGAAUUGCAAGAAAAACGAAAGGCAGCAAGAAAACGAUCUGUAGAGGAAGAUAGACCUGAAGAAGAACCAAAGGAGACUCCUACUAUUACUAUGUGCAACACAGUAAUGGACCAGAUUAAAGUUUUUAAGGUAUAA